GUUUCUCAACCCCAUCACUGUUUCUCCAUAAAGGCUUCACCUUUCUCAACAAUAGUCUCAUACAAACAUCAUGAAUGAAGAUACCAUUAUGGAGGUGAGGGAAGAUUUCAUGCUUUCACCUGCCGGUGACAGUCAACCAACUCUCAGAACUGCUCAUUUUCUCAAACCAAUUUCAAACUCCAUGCGUGUAUCAAAUCUUCAGUUUACAGCAUCAUCACCAUCUUCUGUUUUUGAACCAAAGGAGCUUCCUUUCAAAAUACAUUUCAGUGGGUGGCGCUACUCACAACAGAAAUGGGUUAGUUGGGUAGAUCAGCUUGAACAAAAGUAUGAAUCGGUGUGGAAGAAAGCUGGAAUCUUUGAAGCUAUAAUGAGUACUAAGUGGUGCUACAUAAUUAAAAAUCAAGACUUGCUAUAUGGGGUUGUGGAGAAAUGGUGUUGUAAGACAAACACCUUUGUUUUUCCCUUUGGUGAGGCAACUAUUACCUUGGAGGAUAUCAUGCUCUUAGGGGGAUACCCUAUUCUUGGGGAUCCUGUUUUUACUUCACUUGAAGAUCAAGAAAUGAAAGAGAUUGAAGACAAGCUUGACAUUGCAAGAAAGGAGCUUUAUAAGACUAAAAUAGGUAAGGCUAGAGCAUCAAUUUGGAUGGAUAUUUUCAUUGAUAAAGGUAGUGAAAUUGAACAUGAAGCAUUCCUUGCUACUUGGUUGUCCAUUUUUGUUUUUCCUCAUAAAAGUAUGUUGGUGAAAAGUUCUAUGUUUCCUCUUGCUAUUCAUCUUGCUAGAGGGAAUCCUGUUGCUUUGGCACCGGCUGUUUUGGCUAGCAUAUAUAAAGACUUAAGUUUGUUUAAGAAAACAAUAGCUGGUUUGUCAAAAUAUUCUGUUGGUGGUUAUAUAUGUCCUUUAGAAGUUACUCUUGUAUCACCCUUUUAUUUGGUUCAAAUUUGGGUGUGGGAGAGGUUCAAAAAUUUACAACCACAACCCAUGUUGAUCAACCAUGGAGAUCCUUUAUUGCUUAGGUGGCAUAAGGUCCAGGCCAUGAAAAAUGACAAUGUUAGGUUGGCAUUAGACUCGGCUAUAGAUGAUUUUCUUUGGCGUCCAUAUGUUAGACAUGUUGAUAAGUGUGGAAUGUUUUAUCCAAAUGGUGAAUUUUGGGUACCAUUUAAGAAAGAUCUAGAUAAAGAAAUGCUCUCAUUUGUUACAUGUAUGAGAGUUUCCGAGCUAGUUGGAUUCGAGUCUAUAGAGCAAUAUCUCCCACAUAGAGUCUCUAUGCAAUUUGGAAUGGAUCAAGAUGUUCCAAGUUAUGUGCAUAGAUUUAAUGAGACUAAAGAGAUUGCUUGGAAGAACUAUUGCAGGCCCAUAUCUGAUAUCAACUUGUAUUUUCCAUCAAGAUUUUUCGAGGCAGAUGUUACUAUGCGUUAUUUAAAGUGGUGGAGGCUAUCUACGUUGGGCCGUGACGAUUUUGUUAAGAACAUUGUGAAGGGGAAGAGAAGUGCUACUUCAAGGAAACAUAGACCUCUUCUUGGAAAAUUUAGCAAAAGUGGUAAUGUUGUUGGUGUUCAUCCUGGAUCUCGUCCCAAUCUUGUUGACACUCUUGGUCUUGUAAAAUUUUGUGAUGAUGGUUCAAAAACUAAAACUAGGAAGGCUGAUGAUAUUUAUGGUGAUGUUCCUUCAAAACUUAACACUGUGGUUCCUUCCAUUACAUUAGAUGUGGAAUUUGAUCUUGAAAACAGAAUUCAGAAGCUUGAAAGAGUGAUUUCUAAGCUUAAAGAAGCAAGAUUUGGCCACAAGUAGAAAUUGUUUGAGGCAAAGCCAAGUCAUAGUAUCGUACUAGUUGGUUUUUAAUAUUUCUAAUUUUGUGUGAUAGUUUACAAUAAUUUGAUUGCUAAUAGUACCUUUUUUCUGGCAUAACUUGUGAUAGUUGCUUUCAAGUUUAGUAACUAGUAGUAGGUGAUUAAUAUGAAGGUAUUGAAUUUGGAGUUAUUUUGUAGAACAUGGAAAUAUCGAAGUGAAUGAAGCUACUCGUUUGUUAUGUUUAUCACUUGAUUCGUUAACUAAAACAUUUGAUAAGUA